AUUCAUAUCAAUCAGUCAGUACCACAUAAUUUAAGUACGCAUACUAGUUGUGUUUCAUUUUAUUUAAAAAAAAUCAAAAAUAAUUAGCAAAAUAUCUCAGCUUUUUUUAUUAUAAAUAUUAACCGUUUGAAGGAAUGCUAUAAACUUUUUCGUAUACUGGUGCCAGAGUGAAUUAUUAAUUUUUAUCUAUCUAAUCAAUCGGCGGGUAGAACAGAUACCAAAAUUCCUCCAGCUUCGGCGACACAGGAAUCCUCUCUCCGGACUACUAAUUGGUGGUCGGAGAUGCUGGUGGCGUGCGAGGCAGGCGAGGUGUUCGCGCUGCUGGAGGGAGGCGCGGGCGGCGCCCGCGAGGCGGCCGAGGCGCUGGUCGCGCUGUACGGCGGCGUGCGCGAGCCGUGGCUGACGCGGGCGCUGCUGCUGUACCACGCGCGCACGGGCUCGGCGCGCGCGCUCGACCUGCUGGCGCGCGCGCCCGAGCUGCACGCGCGCCACCUGCUGGACGCGCUGCAGGAGCAGCUGCAGCGCGAGCGGCCCGCGCGGCUGCACGCGCUGGCCGCGCUGGCGCCGCUGGUGGCGCGCCGGCCGGCCUGGCUGCACCGCCUGCCCGCGCACCCGCUGGCUCGCGACCUGCUGCGCGCCGCGCGCCUCGAGCGCGAGCCGCUGCCGCUGCUGCACGCGCUGCUGGCGCUGGCCGCGCUGCUGCCCGCCGCGCCCGCGCUGGCCACGCCGUACUGCGCCGACCUGGCCGACGUGCUGCUGCGGCCCGCCGCGCUCGAGCCGCCGCCGCCGCCCGCCACGCGCACGCACCUGCAGCUCGCGCAGCUCGCGCUCUUCCACGCGCUCUACGCCACGCACCCCUGCACGCUGCUCGACACGCUGCGCGCCGACCUGGCCGGCGCCGCCGCCGCCGCGCGCGACGCCAUGCAGCGCGACCUGGCGCCGCUGCUGGCCUCGGUGCGCCUGCACCCCGGCCUCGUCACCGGCUCGCGGCACCGCGAGGCCGACCCGGCGCGCUGGGCGCGGCUCGAGUCGCACGACGUGGUCGCCGAGUGCCGCCGCCUGUCGCUGCGCGCCGCCGCCUCGCCCUCGCCCGCGCCGUCGCCCGGGCCCGGCGCGGCGCCGCCGUCGCCCGCGCCCGCCGCGUCCGCCGCGCCCGCCGCGCCCGGUUCGGGUGCACACGCCGCCCGCUCGGCGGCCGCGCUGCGCCCCGGCACCGAGCCCUGGUUCCCGCUCGGCGACCGCUGCGGGGCCGAGUCGGCGCCGAACACGCCGCUUCCUUGCGAGCCAGAUGUCGGCGAGCCGCCGGAGGCCGCCGUCGAGGCGACGCCCGAAAACACGCCGGCGCGCGAGACCCGGCCGCAGUUCCGCUACCCGCCCGAGUCGAGCACGGUGCGCGCGAUCGGGCGCCGGUCGCGGCCGGCGUCGCCGCCGCGCAAGGAGACGUCGCCGUGCGGCGGCGAGGCGUACGCGGGCCGGCUGGCGCGCGUGGCGCUGGAGCGGCGCGCGGCCGACUCGCCGGUGCCGUUCGGCGGCACGCCGCCGGCCGGCGCGGUGCUGGCGCGGCCGGAGCCGUCGCGCCCGCAUCAAGACACGAGCGAGACGGCCGAGUCGGUGGACCGCGAGGUGGUGGAGCUGACGGAGCGGGCCGCGUCCGAGUGCCCGUGGCCGGAGGCGGAGGCCGGCGCGCCGCCGCCGCCGCGCGAUCCGCGGCGCGGCGCGCGGCCUGCGCGGGCGGCGCGUGCCUCCCGGCCGCCGCGCCGCUCGGCGUCGUGCUCGCCGCGCCUGCCGGCCGUGCGGCACUCGUCCGUCGCCGUUCAGACGGUCGACACGUGGCCAGCACCAUACGAGUUUCUAAUCGCCGACUUCUAUCGCAAUCUUCCCGACGAAUCCCGUAAACAGAUCGGUGACCGGGAAUUCGAAACGUCAACUCUUCCGAGCGAGAAAUUGGAUGCGUACCUCGCGGAGAUGUACGAGGGCCGCGGCGGGGCGCGGCCGGCCGCGAGCGGCGCCGAGCUCGCCGAGCAGCUCGCGCUCACGCACGCGCAGCUCAUGUACGAGCGCUGGCGGCGCGAGGCGCACGCCGAGCGCAACCGGCGGCUGCUGGGCCGCUGCCGCCAGGUGCGCGCGCUCGAGCUGCAGAACGCCGCGCUGCGCGAGCGAGUCCGCGCCGCGCAGCUCGAGCGCGACGAGCUGCGCGCGCGCCGCCCGCCGGCCGCCGCGCCAGCCGCCGCCGCCGCGGCCGCCGCGCCGCCAGAGCGCGAGCUGCGGCUCGAGGCGGCGCUGGCCGACGAGCGCGCCGCGCGCCUGCGCAGCGAGGCGGCGCUGCGCGAGUGCGAGGCGCUGCGCGCCGCCGACGCCGCCGAGCUGCAGCGCACGCGCGCCGAGUCGUACGAGGCGGCGCGCCACGUGGAGGCGCUGGCGCGCGCCGCGCUGGCGGCCGAGCGGCGCGCCGAGCACGUGCGGCGGCUGCGGCGCGAGCUGCUCGUGCUGGCCGAGCGCGAGGCGCGCCUGGCCGAGGCGGCGGCGGGCUGGCGCGCCGCGCCGGCCGGCGGCGACGACCGCGCGCUGCGGGCGGCGCUGGCGCGCGCCGAGGCGGACGCGGAGGCGGCGGCCGCGCGCGCCGACGCCGCCGCGCUGCGCGCGCACGAGCUGGAGGCGGCGCUGGGCGCGCGCGACGCGGUGCUGGCCGAGCUGAAGCGCGCGGCGCAGCUGGCGGCGGACGAGGGCGCGGCGCGGCUGGCGGCCGUGCAGGACAAGUACGCGGCGCUCAUGUGCAUCGUGCGCGCCAACGAGGCGCGGCGCCUGGAGCUGCGCGCCGCCGCCUGGCCGGCGCAGCGCACGCGCGCCGCGCCGCCGCCCGAGCCCGGCGCCGCCGCCGCCGCCGCCGCCGCCGCCGCCGGCCGCAGCUAACCGCCCGCCGCCGGACGGACUGCGCUCGCGGUCGGCUUCCGGUGCCGCGUGGCCGCGCGAUUUCGUAUCACCGCCGCCUCCGCCCCGCCCUCGCUUUGAAUUCAGUAGAGCCGCCGCUGCGAUAUUUACGAAU